CGGCUUUCAAGAAUUUGACCUGCCCUAAACAAGGCGUUUAUAUUGUUGAAGCGUGUAUUGAUCGUGCUCAUCUUUUAACAACUACGUAGACACAAGUAACCCACAUGGUGGCCCGUCUAUUCAUUGGCGUGUCUUCAUCUCUCAGUGUCUUAGACGAAUGGUUCACUCUUUGGCCGUAUUUCCUUGUACCUGUGGAUUACCCGGUCACCUAGUGUUCCGACAUGUUACACUGCUACAGUCUUCAAAGAUAGAAUCCCUCUUUCGGCGUCUUCGAAAUCGCUGUAUUAUCCAGUCUGGUCGGAUCCAUAUGUGAUCGCUCCUGUAACCUGAUUUGUUGUACAUCCUGCCUCCUGCUGUAACAUUCCUCUUCAACAUCAUAUAAUGUGUUUAAUGAAUCAUGUCUUCUGUCGAGGUUGUCUAGCGUUGGUCGACGUGGAUGAUCGAGCACAGCAAACUCAUGAGCGUCAAGGAUCACGUGAUGAAACGCGUAGAUGUGGUUUGAGUUUCGCGUCGCGAUCGCCUGAGCCUUUCCGAACGGCUUUUAAAUCUUCCCCUGCCACAACCGUUCAUUUUUCAACAACCACUACCCUCGUUCACACUUUCCUUACUGCACGCCUUCUGUAUCGUCCUGGGCCGGUGCCCAGUCAUUGCUAUUCCACACACAAACAUGCUCACUCAUCGCGGUUUCUCGGCGUGGAUCACGUCCGAGGGACGAGCCCUUUACGAAUUCCGGUCUAUCGUUAACGAAGAAAAGAAUCUGAUAACAUGCUGGAUACCCAGUGAAGUUGGGAAAACCUUCACCAUACAUUGGCGUGAUAAUGGCGGGCUAGUUGACACCGCUUCCUAUAUAUACCUUGAUGGCUUUGAAGUCCCGGGAUACUUUCUCUUUGGUUUUGGAGAAGCUUCUCGUGGUGCAGCUCGCAUUGGUCCUAUGCUCCAGCGGCCGUUUACGUUCGGCGAAGUUGACGAAUGUAAGUAUUUCCCCCCUAAUCCUCAAGCGAAUUAUCAACCUGUAAAUUUCAUUAUUUCGUCAAUAGCAUCUGAACCUACAUUCAUCUCUGCUGAGAAUGAUGAAGGAGUCAUCCAGCUGGCCAUCAAAAGGAUUAAGCGAGUUGGACAAGCUGCCCCGAACGUACCGAGGACGCCUCCAGUCAAAGUCAAGGAUGAAGCGACUGCCAAGUCAGUCUCGAGUUUCGGCGGCCCCCAGCCAACUACAAUGCAACUUCCCUCAACCUGGGAUAUCGUUCCCUACAAUCCAGACGAGCCCGAUCCAUAUGUCACGUUUGAGUGGCGCUACAGAUCCCUUCACUACUUGGUCCAUCAUGAUUUAGCCACGCUUGCUGACAUACAGGGUGACUCUCCAGAAGUAGAAGGGGAAAAUCUUCCCCUUUCGCCACGAUCGGGUCGAGAGCUUGACUCCCCAAGCCGUAGUCCGAGCCCUAGCCCUAGCCCUGCCAAUAGUACCAAGAAGUUGAGUCCUGUCAGUAGUACCAAGAAACCGCGACCAGGCCGGGGGAGUCGGGGCAUAUCUGCUAACUUCGAUGUGCCUGCGAACUACAACCCUAUGGGUUCUAGCAUAGGGUCAUUCCGUGCUACUGAAUAUCAGCCGCCAACUCCGUCAUCGUCUCAGUCCCAGUCUCAAGAUCUGCCUCCUCCGAGUGAUUGAAAUGUCCUCAUCGUCUUUCCUUAGCCUGGUGCUCUAGGGUCUGAAUCUCGCUCCUGUUUUCUCGCCUUGCUCUCUGUUCCCGUCGCUUUUGCCUGACUUUUGCUUUUUCCCUGUUUUUGUUUGAUUUCUGCUGCUGCGCUGAGCUGCUUGUUGUGAUUGCCCUUAAUGCUUUUGUGUAUCUUGUGAUUGUAUGGGCCUUUUGCAUUCCUGACUAUCGUUGCUUUAUCAUUGUCUAGUCGUCGCUGCUCUUCUGCUUUGUAAAUAAUGUGCCAUGUGCUACUCAUGUCCUGUUACAUGUAUCGUACUGAACGCUUCUUGAAUACAUUGUUGUUAUUAUGUUACUUCUGCAUAAACGGG